GCAAAGGAGCUGAGUCCCCAUUUAACCAGAUUUUCUCUCGGCUUCUAUUCUAUCUUUUAGGGGUUACAGUUUCAUUUCCAUUUUUCAAUUUAAUUCAUUUUUUAUUUAUUUAUUUUUAAUUUUGUUUUUGGUUACGUGAACGAACCAAAAUGUAUAUAUCGAGUUCUUCGGCUUCUCGUGCACGUUUCGCGACGAAGUCGUUUGCGAGAGUCUCUUCUUCGUUUUCAUUUUCGCCUGCUUUGUCUAAAACGACGGGGUCUGCUUACGCUUCGUCUCAGUCGUGUGUUUCUUUUGUCAACCAGAAGUAUCGGUCUUUGAGUUUCUCGUCAGUGUUGCGGUGCGCGGCGCCGCGGUGGAGCCAUGGAGUCGACUGGCGCUCCCCGGUCAGCCUCCGCGCUCAGGCGAGAAUUACCGGUCCGGUUCCGGAACAGUUUGAGCGAAGGAUCGCGACUUUGGCUCCUGAUCAUGCAUUCAAGGGAAUACUGACCAGUCUUCCCAAACCUGGGGGUGGAGAGUUUGGAAAAUUCUACAGCUUACCUGCUUUGAAUGAUCCAAGAAUUGAUAGACUGCCAUACUCAAUAAGGAUCCUUUUGGAAUCUGCAAUACGUAAUUGUGACAACUUCCAAGUUACCAAGGAUGAUGUAGAAAAGAUUAUUGAUUGGGAGAAUACUUCACCAAAACAAGUUGAAAUUCCCUUCAAGCCUGCCCGUGUUCUCUUACAGGAUUUUACUGGAGUACCAGCUGUUGUUGACCUUGCUUGUAUGAGGGAUGCCAUGAAGAGUCUGGGCAGCGACCCCAAGAAGAUCAACCCAUUGGUUCCGGUUGAUCUUGUCAUUGAUCAUUCAGUUCAGGUUGAUGUAGCACGAUCGGAAAAUGCAGUACAGCAAAAUAUGGAACUUGAAUUUCAGAGGAACAAAGAGAGAUUUGCUUUCCUUAAGUGGGGGUCAUCUGCUUUCCAUAAUAUGCUAGUUGUUCCUCCCGGUUCUGGAAUUGUCCACCAGGUCAACUUGGAGUACCUUGGACGGGUUGUCUUUAACACUGAUGGAGUUCUUUACCCUGAUAGUGUGGUUGGUACUGAUUCCCACACAACAAUGAUUGAUGGGUUGGGAGUUGCUGGUUGGGGAGUUGGAGGGAUUGAAGCAGAGGCUACAAUGCUUGGUCAGCCCAUGAGCAUGGUAUUACCUGGUGUUGUUGGAUUCAAGUUGAGUGGGAAGUUGCGUAAUGGUGUGACAGCUACUGACUUGGUUUUGUCAGUUACUCAAAUCUUGAGGAAACAUGGUGUUGUUGGGAAGUUUGUCGAGUUUUAUGGGGAAGGUAUGGGUGAACUAUCGUUGGCUGAUAGGGCCACUAUUGCAAACAUGUCUCCUGAAUAUGGAGCAACCAUGGGUUUCUUCCCUGUAGACCAUGUUACAUUGCAGUAUCUGAGGUUAACUGGAAGAAGCGAUGAGACAGUCACUAUGAUAGAGGAAUACCUGCGUGCGAAUAAAAUGUUUGUUGACUACAAUGAGCCUCAACAAGAAAGAAUAUACUCAUCUUAUCUGCAGUUGGACCUAGCAGAAGUUGAACCCUCUAUGUCAGGACCGAAGCGGCCUCAUGACCGAGUAGCUUUGAAAGACAUGAAGGCUGAUUGGCAUGCAUGUCUUGACAAUCCAGUUGGAUUCAAGGGUUUUGCCAUACCUAAGGAAGAGCAGGAUAAAGUGGCAAAAUUUUCAUUCCAUGGACAGCCUGCUGAACUUAAGCAUGGUAGUGUUGUCAUUGCAGCCAUAACCAGCUGUACAAACACAUCAAACCCUAGUGUCAUGCUAGGGGCUGGUCUUGUGGCUAAAAAGGCUUGUGAACUGGGUUUGGAGGUUAAGCCAUGGGUGAAAACAAGUCUUGCGCCAGGCUCUGGUGUUGUUACAAAGUAUUUGCUCCAUAGUGGUCUGCAAAAAUACUUGAGUCAGCAGGGCUUUCACAUUGUUGGCUAUGGUUGCACAACAUGUAUUGGAAAUUCUGGAGAACUUGAUGAAUCAGUUAGUGCUGCAAUUUCAGAAAAUGACGUUGUUGCAGCAGCUGUGCUUUCUGGUAAUCGAAACUUUGAAGGCCGUGUGCAUCCUCUGACAAGGGCUAACUAUCUUGCUUCACCGCCUCUAGUUGUUGCUUAUGCUCUUGCCGGCACUGUUGACAUAGACUUUGAGAAGGAGCCAAUUGGAACUGGGAAGGAUGGAAAGGAUGUGUACUUCAAGGAUAUAUGGCCUACUAAUGAAGAAAUUGCGGAGGUUGUUCAAUCUAGUGUGUUGCCUGAUAUGUUCAAGAGCACUUAUGAGGCAAUUACAAAGGGGAACCCUAUGUGGAAUGAGCUCUCUAUUCCCACUACCACUCUUUACUGUUGGGAUCCGAACUCAACCUACAUUCAUGAGCCUCCAUAUUUCAAGAACAUGACUACAGAUCCACCAGGCCCUCAUGGAGUGAAAGAUGCCUACUGCUUGCUCAACUUUGGUGACAGCAUAACCACUGAUCACAUAUCUCCUGCUGGAAGUAUCCACAAAGACAGCCCUGCUGCAAAGUAUCUGCUUGAGCGUGGGGUGGAUCGCAAGGACUUCAAUUCUUAUGGUAGUCGUAGAGGCAACGAUGAAGUGAUGACAAGAGGAACCUUUGCCAAUAUUCGUCUUAUCAACAAACUCUUGAAUGGAGAAGUUGGUCCAAAAACAAUUCACAUUCCUACAGGAGAGAAGCUUCAUGUUUUUGAUGUAGCAAUGAGGUACAAGUCUUCUGGGCAGGACACAAUUGUCCUAGCUGGAGCAGAGUAUGGAAGCGGAAGCUCUAGAGACUGGGCUGCCAAGGGUCCCAAGCUUUUGGGAGUGAAAGCAGUAAUUGCCAAGAGCUAUGAGAGAAUUCAUCGCAGUAAUCUUGUCGGUAUGGGGAUCAUUCCACUUUGUUUCAAGCCAGGCGAGGAUGCAGAAACUCUAGGAUUAACUGGUCACGAGCGCUACACAAUAGACCUACCAACUAAAGUCAGUGAGAUAAGGCCUGGCCAAGAUGUCACUGUCACAACCGACACUGGGAAAUCCUUUACAUGUAUCGUUCGCUUUGAUACUGAGGUGGAAUUGGCAUAUUUCGACCAUGGAGGCAUUCUUCCAUUUGUUGUUCGAAGUCUAAGCAAACAGUCGUAAAUGAGUCUUGGAUCAGCAGCCUUUUACUUGCAUUACUUCACCCCUACAGUUUAUAAUAAGAUGUAGAAAGAAGUACAGAAGUACAUUUUUUGAUUCUUUUUUUCUUUUUUCAAGUGGGAUGAUGAGUAUUGCAACUUGUGUAGUUCUCGCUUGAGUUUUUGGUUACACUGUGAAUCAUUGCAGCUCAUAAAUGGCAUUUUGAAGUGAUUCCAAGUUGAUCUAACAAGCUGUAAAUCU